AUUCUGUGCGGGGUGAGCAGGUCACCUUUGGAAGCGAGGAUGAUGCGUGAGAUUGGGGCUGUAAGGAUUUGUAGAAACGGGGCAGGUGGAAAGGAGAAAGGAAGGGUGGAAGGGAAUCCUAACCCGGGGAAGAGUGUGAGUAAAGCGUGCAAGGCGUGUUUGGAAACGCUCGACGUCGAAGGUGUGUCCUGGGGAAGUGUAAGACAAGCAAGAAAAGCCAGGGUGAAGACGGAUGUCCUAGUUCUAAAUGUCCAGGAGUAGAGUUUCAGUUCUGCCCUCGAGCGCAGUGAAGAACCGGGGAGAACCUUGAAGCAGAGAGGAAGCUCCGAGCGGUGGCGACAACAUCUUCCCGAGAGGUCAUGACCCAUCUGUGGAUCAUGAAAUCAAUUUGAGUCUCCAGACAAUUGAGGAAGAGGACAUAAUUUAGGUUGUGACUUCUACCAAAACAUGCACUGAAGUUAGGGACGUGAUUUUCACCUUAGAAUAGUGUUGCCUGAAGAUUUCCAAAUGAAGAAUGCAAGAUUAUUAUGUAGUUGGCAACUGAGAGCAAUACUUAAUGGAUAUCAUCACAUAGUACAACAGAGAAUGCAGCACUCUUCUGAUCUAAUGAGCUUUAUGAUGGAGUUGAAGAUGAUUUUGGAAGUUGCUUUAAAGAAUAAACAAGAGUUGUAUGCACCACCUCCGCCUCCCCAGUUCUACUCCAGCCUUAUUGAAGAGAUAGGAACUCUUGGUUGGGAUAAACUUGUAUAUGUGGAUACUUGUCUCAGUACCAUCAAGUUAAAAGCUGAAGAUGCUUCUGGUAGAAAGCAUCUAAUUACUCUCAAGUUGAAGGCAAAGUACCCAGCAGAAUCUCCAGAUUGUUUCGUGGAUUUUCCUGUGUCAUUUUCUAUUUCUUGGACACCACAGAGCUCCUUAAUAAGCAUUUACGGUCAGUUUUUGGCAGCCUUAGAAUCACUGAAGGCAUUCUGGGACGUUAUGGAUGAAAUCGAUGAGAAGACUUGGGUGCUUGAGCCAGAAAAACCUACCCGGAGUGCGACAGCACGCAGAAUUGCACUAGGAAAUAAUGUUUCAAUAAAUAUAGAGGUUGACCCCAGGCAUCCUAGUAUGCUUCCUGAGUACUGCUUUCUUGGAGCAGAUCAUGUGGUAAAACCUCUGGGAAUUAAGCUGAGCAGAAACAUACAUUUGUGGGAUCCAGAAAAUAGUCUGUUACAAAACUUGAAAGAUGUUUUAGAAAUAGAUUUUCCAGCUCGUGCUAACCUGGAAAAAUCUGAUUUUUCUAUGGAUUGUGGUAUUUGUUAUGCCUAUCAGCUUGAUGGCAGCAUUCCUGAUCAAGUGUGUGAUAACUCCCAGUGUGGACAGCCUUUCCAUCAAAUAUGCUUAUAUGAGUGGUUGAGAGGACUACCGACUAGUAGACAGAGUUUUAACAUCAUAUUUGGUGAAUGCCCAUAUUGUAGCAAGCCAAUUACCUUGAAAAUGUCUGGAAGGAAAUCCUGAAAUAAGAAUGUAACAUUUCUGUGAAGAACUGGCAACUUUAAAAAUUAUCCAAAGGAUUUUAUUUGAUAUCGUCAUAGAAGAUAUAAAGCAAGACAUACUAAAGUCAAAAGAAAAAGAAUGAUGAAGCCGUAGUAAUACAUGUCUGCCUUCAUCUCUUCACUCAGAGUAAAGUCUGUCAUCUCCAUACCAGUUGUAGACGUGUGUGUAUACCAAGAUGAAGAUCUCCAAUUACUGACUAUGUCUGGACUGGCAGAAUCUUGAUAGGAUUCAUAAAAUGAAUUUGGGAAUUGUAUGCUACUGGAUUGUUGUGGAGAACUUUUUAUUUCAUUCAGAAUUUCUUGAGACUUACAGUACUUCUGUCGUCUUCUUGUGCUUUCCUAUAGAAAAAAAAAUACGUAUAUUGUUAGGUUUGAGUUAUCCUAGUAUUUUUGUAUUCUGUAAGAAUACUAAAUACAACAUGUUACAUAAAAAGAACAAAUUUUUGUAUAUUUUUCCUGAGUUUAGGUCCUUGAUCUUACAUUAUAGAGUUUACAGAAGUACUUAUACCACAUUAAGCAACUGAAAUCUAGUUAAACUGAUAGGUCCUUUUAAAUCAGGAAAUAGGCUGUCUCAUAAGUAAUUUAUCCUCUAAAAAUAUGAUGAAAUAUGAAAACUAAAUUUUCUUGGCAAGACAAAAAACUGGGCUUAAUCUUCGAUGGGCAAGACAGUCAUAAUUAGAAAGCUUUUUGGUCAUUAAUAAUUAGUGAUUCCAAGGGAGCCAAGACAGCAAACAAGAUGGUAGGGGCAGUGCUCUAUGUCCUCAGAGCAGUCUCCUGCCCAGGCUCCAGAGAAUGAUGUCUUCCAAUAACAGACCUUGAGAAGACAGCUGGUUAAAGUCCUUAUUUGUCCUGAAAGUUGAUCCAAGAAAAGAUGCUCAUUCUAGUUUCCUAGCCAAAAAGGAAACAAGCAGGCUCUACAAAUAAUACAGUGUUGAGCUGGAAUGUCUAGAAGCAUAUGACAAAAUUUGUGAAGAGAUUCUGCCAGAGUCUCAUGAAGAUAAACAUUAACCUUGUACUUUGGUAGGGACUUGGAACACAGUAUACGGCAAGUAUGAUCAAGCGGUCUACCUCUGGAGGUAGGUAUCUACUUAAUGGAUAUCUUCAUAAUGAGUAAACUCAGAAAAAUCAGGUAUUUGUGGAAUUCAUAAGGCAGCCAUUUCUUAGGAAGAAUCAGCAGCUGACCCAUGGCAAGGAUCUAGUAUAUGUGAACUCAGAUCUUAGCAACCCCAGCCAGGAACUGUGACUGCAUAGGGCAAUUACUGUCCAGCGCAAAAAAAAAAAAAAAAAAAAAAAAAAUUCCACCCCCAAACCAAUCUAUAGGAUUGAACACAAUCUCAUUCAGAAUCCUAGCAGGCUUUGGAAAUGCAAAGAACUGAAAAUAGUUAAAACAACCUUGAUGAAGAACAGAGUUGAAAGACACACUUCUCCAUUUCAAAACUGACCACAAAGCUAGAGAAAUCCAGACAGUAUAUGAGCAAUUGGUUUCCAACUAAUGUACCGAGGCAAUUCAGUGGAGACAGAUAAUCUUUGACAAGGAUGCAGAGACAACUAGACAUCCUUGCAGAAAGAUUAAAAAAACAAACAACAACAAAAAACCCCUACCUCAUUUUAUACAAAAAGUGUAGACCUAGACCUAAAUAAAAUAGCUAGAAUCUAAAAAUUUUAGGAAAAAACAAAAUCUUUGUGUGCUAGAGUUAGGUAAAUCGUUGUCAUAUAUUAAAUUCAAAGGACAUCAUUUUAAAAAAAUUAAAAGACAAGUCACAGAUUGGGAGAAAAUUCUGCAAACCACUUAUCUAAUAAAGGACUUCUAUCCAGAAUAUGUAAGGAAGACUUGAAUAGGCAAUUCUCUAAAAGCGUAUGAAAAGAUGCUCAGCAUCACGGACUGUAAGAGAAAUGCAGAUCAAAACCAGAGUGAGAGAUCAUCUUACGUCUUUUAGGAUGGCUGUUAUCCAAAGAACAGAAAGUAACAAAUGGUGAAAAUGUCUGGAAACCUUUGUAUACUCUUGGUAGAACUAUAAAAUGGUGCCUUCAUUAAGGGAAACAAUACAGAAGGUUCCUCAAAAUAUUAAAAGUCAGAUUACCAUAUUCUGGGUAUAUAUUCAAAAGAAAUCAAUUUAGCUUCUUGCAGACAUAUCUGUACACCCAUCAUAGCAUUAUUUACAGUAGCCAAGAGGGAGAAACAAAUAUCUAUUGGUAGAUGAAUGGAUAAAUUAAGUGUGGUAAAAAAAUAAUGGAAUAUUAUGCAACCUUAAAGGAAAUCCUGCCACAUGCUCCAAUAUGGAUGAAUCUUAAGGAAGUUAUGCAGAGCAAAAUAAGCCAGUCACAAAGGGACAUACAUAAUUCCACUAAUACAAAAUAUUUAAAGUAGUCAAGAUAACAAAGUAAAAAGGUAGUUGUCAAAGUGUAGGGAAGUUGGUAUUUUACGGGUCUAGAGUUUCAAUUUUGCAAGAUAUAAAGUUCUGGAGAUCUGUUAUACAGCAGUAUGAAUAUACUUGGCACUACUAAACCUUACAGUUGAGGUAAGUUUCAUGUGUGCAAAAUUUACCACAAUAAAAAAUUUUAAAAGAUUUAAAAAUAAUAUAGUGAUUCCCAACAUUUAUCAUGACAUGGCACCCUUUACUCAAUAUACAUGCCACAUAUUGGGUAAGGGAACAGGCUAUUUCUAACCAGAGGAAACUGCCCCAGGGUGGAUACUGUGGCAUAUCUCUUUGAAUGCUCUAGGAAGAGACCAACCACUAUGGACUGAACAGAUACUGAUACAUGCAAGUUCCAGAAAUUUCUUAAAUGUUUUUUAACAUCAUUCCUAUUAGCCAAAGCUCUGAGAGUCAGUUCCCUGUUCUUAGCUUGUUGGGAGAUUUUUCUGUUUCUGCUUUACCUCAGUGUCCUGGCCUGCCCUCUCCUUGUACCAUUUAUCAAGUAACUUGGAAGAAAAGAAAUUUAUAAACAAGACAAAAUAUUUCAAUCUU